UGAGAACAGCUGAGCGUGAAAGUCGUGGUGCACGGAAAAAAUAUAAUCGUAUUUCCAAACAUUUAUAAACGUGAACGAUAAAGGAUAUAACACGUCAGAUAGUUUAAAUUCAGCUUAACCGCAAGUACUUCCAACUCAACUAGUGCAAAUCCGUGCAGUUCUAUUUUAACAAUCAAAUCUCAUGCGCACCUAGUAAUAACUACAAAGAGCACCCGUAUCUAAAAAAGGAAAAAAACGAAAAGAAAAGAAAAGUAACACUCUGAUUGUUUAAACAAAAUAGAAAACGAAAUUGUCUGCACUAGCAAUAGCAUGUUAAUGAUUGUGUGAUUGUUAUAUAAAUGUUAAAAAUUUAUUAACUACAUUUCACACACACUCGAACCAUUAUGUGGAUUUGUUUGCAAAGUGUUCAAAUAAAUAAAACUUAUACGCAUAACUCAAUAGAUUUUGUGCUUUAAAUACGAAAAAAGACGUGCUCCACAAUAUAAACUGGAAAUAAAACUCUUAACUAGUUGCUAGCUAGUUUGUGGUGUGUGUGUUUUGCCAAUCGGCAAACACCAGCGUUUCAUCUUGAAAGCGAAAUAAGCGGCUUCAUUUGCAUUUGUUUUGUCCGUGACCAAUCAUCAGAUACAAAACACAUCGAAGUGUUCAGCCACCCAGCAACAGAAAGCAUCUAUAUUGAAUAUAUCAAAAGCGAGCGCUUGGACGCAGUUUCGCAGUAGUGCCAGCUGCCAGCCGGAGUGUUUGGACCAUUGAGCAGCGUGGUGCCGGCCAAGUUAACCCCAGAGACCUGGAGGAGCUCACUGAACGCAGCGGCAGCAAAGAUGAUUGGACGUUUGUUUCGCGCCCAUGGCGAAUUUUGUGCAUCGCAUCCCUGGGAGGUGAUAGUCGCCCUACUUACCAUCACAGCAUGCAUGCUGACUUUGGACAAGGGCAGCACCGUAGAGCCGACCAAUGGUCUUAGCAGUGCUAGUGCAACGACAGCGGCUGCAGCUGCUGCAGCUAACAGUGCUGGAGCAGCAUCUGCAGCGAGUGGUACGCAGCCGCCAAUAAUUGCCAGCACAACGUCAUCGGCGACGUCGAGUCGACACCGCCCCUGUCAUGGCUGGGGACAAUCCUGCGAUGGCCUCGAGGCUGAAUAUAAUGCCGCCGAUGUAAUCCUAAUGACCAUUGUGCGCUGUACAGCGGUGCUCUACUGUUACUAUCAGUUCUGCAGUCUGCAUAGGCUCGGCUCCAAAUAUGUGCUAGGUAUUGCCGGUCUCUUUACGUUCUUUUCCAGUUUCAUAUUCACGACGGCCAUUAUCAAGUUUCUGGGCAGCGAUAUAUCGGAUCUCAAAGAUGCGCUUUUCGUAUUGCUUUUGGUUAUCGAUUUAUCGAACUCGGGUCGAUUGGCACAAUUGGCCCUCUCGGGCAGCAGCCAGGCGGAGGUCACACAGAAUAUAGCAAGGGGCCUGGAACUGUUGGGUCCAACCAUUACACUAGACACCAUUGUGGAGGUACUACUGGUGGGUGUGGGUACAUUGUCGGGUGUGCAACGGCUGGAGGUGCUUUGCAUGUUUGCUGUACUGUCGGUGCUUGUCAACUAUGUGGUCUUCAUGACCUUCUACCCCGCCUGUCUUUCGCUUAUAUUUGAUCUGUCGCGCAAUGGUGUCGAUAUAUCAGCCGUGAGAGAGCGCGCUAAAGGCUCGCUGUUGCUAAAAUCUCUCACCGAGGAGGAACAAAAGGCGAAUCCAGUGCUGCAGCGCGUGAAACUUAUCAUGACCACUGGCUUGAUGAUAGUCCACAUCUACAGUCGGGUAGUGUUCAGCAACAGCGACUACGAUGCUGUGGAAAAGACUCUUUCCCCGCCGCUAAAUCUGAAUGUAAACAACAAUCGCACAGAAUCGGGCGAAAUAACUGAUAUUAUUAUCAAAUGGCUAACAAUGAGCGCUGAUCACAUAGUCAUCUUCAUUGUCUUGAUUGCCCUUGUGAUUAAGCUAAUCUUCUUUGACCAUCGGGAUACUCUGCCGAAUCAGCUUCCUCAGUCGACCACGGCGAAGGCUUCUCAGACUACGCCACUGGAGGAAGUGCCGAAGCAGAGCCCAAACCACACACCACUAUUCAGUAUUGAGGAGCACAGCUCAACAAAUGCAUCCACUCAAACCGACGUGGUAUCCGUGCGACAGCGUCUGAGAGCACCAGCCCGCCCACCACGUCCACUUCAGGAAUGCCUGAAGCUAUUGAACUCCACCGACGAAGCCGAUGGCAUCGGCGGCGCCAGCGUUUUAAGUGAUGAGGAAAUCAUUGUCAUUGUCAAAGCAGGAGGACCUCAUUGUCCGCUCUACAAGAUUGAGUCAGUGUUGGACGAUGCAGAACGUGGGAUACGCAUUCGUCGCCAAUUAAUAGCUGAACGUGCCAAGUUGCCCUUGUCACGCCUCGAAGUGCUGCCUUAUGAGCAUUUUGACUACCGAAAAGUGAUGAAUGCCUGCUGCGAGAAUGUCCUGGGCUAUGUGCCAAUACCUGUUGGAUAUGCAGGCCCACUGCUGCUGGAUGGAGAGAGCUACUAUGUGCCUAUGGCCACAACAGAGGGUGCUUUGGUGGCAUCCACGAAUCGGGGCUGCAAAGCACUUUCUGUGCGCGGCGUUCGGUCUGUGGUGGAAGAUGUGGGCAUGACGCGAGCACCUUGUGUACGCUUCCCUAGUGUCGCUCGUGCCUCCGAAGCCAAGAAGUGGAUCGAGAGCGAUGAAAACUAUAAAGUGGUCAAGACAGAGUUCGAUUCGACGUCUCGGUUUGGUCGUUUGAAAGAAUGUCACAUAGCCAUGGAUGGUCCGCAACUGUAUAUACGUUUCGUGGCUCUUACUGGCGAUGCCAUGGGUAUGAACAUGGUGUCCAAGGGUGCGGAGAUGGCCCUGCGUUGCAUUAAGCGUCAAUUUCCCGACAUGCAAAUCAUUUCGUUGAGCGGAAACUUUUGCUGCGACAAGAAACCCGCAGCAAUCAAUUGGAUUAAGGGGCGUGGCAAGCGCGUAGUCACUGAGUGCACCAUAUCGGCAGCCACAUUACGUUCAGUUUUGAAAACGGACGCGAAAACGCUGGUCGAGUGUAAUAAACUGAAGAACAUGUCUGGCAGCGCUAUGGCAGGCAGCAUUGGUGGCAAUAAUGCGCAUGCGGCCAACAUGGUCACCGCUGUGUUUCUAGCCACCGGUCAGGAUCCUGCACAGAAUGUCACAUCCAGUAAUUGUUCCACUGCUAUGGAGUGCUGGAACGAGAAUAGUGAAGAUCUAUAUAUGACCUGCACCAUGCCCUCGCUGGAAGUGGGCACCGUGGGCGGAGGCACAGGUCUGCCCGGACAGGGUGCCUGCCUCGACUUGCUGGGCGUGCGCGGCGCCCAUGCCACCCACCCCGGCGACAAUGCUCGGAAACUGGCACAAAUCGUCUGUGCCACCGUGAUGGCCGGUGAACUGAGCCUAAUGGCGGCGCUGGUUAACAGCGAUCUAGUCAAGAGUCACAUGCGUCACAAUCGGUCAUCCAUUGCUGUAAGCAGCGCCAACAAUCCGCUCAACGUGACCGUCUCCAGUUGCAGCACAAUCAGCUAGAACUGACGCCACUUUUACCUCCCUGUACAUAGGCGCUCAGAUCGAGUGGGGCGUUCAAGUUAAAAUUAUUUUGUUGAAACGAAUGCUUAUUGAAUUAA